GAAAGGGAGUUACCAAAGAUGAUUCCUUCCAACAUGAAAUGGAGGAAAUUAUAAGAACUGUUUUUGGAAACCUGGACCAUCUCCAGCCCUUCUCCUCCGAGCACUUCAUCGUGUUUCCUUAUAAGAAGCGCAGAGGGAAAACACACGAACACGGUGAAACGAAGCUGAAGGUCUACCCUUUCACUGUUGUUCUCUACAUGGAGAAAAUCACGCAGCGCGGAAAGAAUGCCGCCACAAAGGAAGUGGAUUGUUUUAAUGUUACUGAUGAAAACAGAGUUUGGACUGACGAAUUCAAGGAGGACGUGAGUCAGCCUUGUUCCAAGCGCCGCAGGAGCGACUCGCCACUAGAGGAGGACAUACUAAAGGACUUGAUCAAGGACAUGGAGGCUGAAAGCAAACUGUCAGUCACUGAAUCUUUCAUCAUCUCUCCUGUGUCUCCUGGGCCCGGCCUGAGGCCUUGUCCUGGUUGGACGUGCCCGAUACACCUCCCAAGGACGGUGGACUUGAGUCCUGGAGACGGACGGGUCCACGACGAUCCAGCACUUGUGGACGAGCCUGAAACAAUGACGGACACAGAAAAAGAGGAGGAGACACCUGAAAGGCCAGGGAUUCUCAAACGACUGGCCAGCCACAUCUUCCCUUCCUUUUUCAGAAGCACUACAGAUUAAUACUGAAGACAAAACUGUCAUCGGGACAUAUUUUUGUUAAACCUGAUUGAUUCAAGGACAUUUGCAUAUCCAUACACCUUAUUUAUGUUGCACACUUGAAUA